CUUGGCCACACCCACCUGCACAUAAAACUCAAAUUCAUGCUGCCUACCGCUGCUCACAGUCUUUUCCAGAUUGUUCUACAUAAACGUCUUCAUACAGAUAAAGGUCAAAGAAAUGUUCCUUCUCUCCACGUCUGUCAUGGUGUUUCUGGGCUCGUUGCACGGUGUCUGUGGGGGAGCGUACUAUGGACACAAGCAGCUGGCCCAGCAGCCGCAGUUACCUCACAUCCCCUUGGGGAACGACGGGCUGCCCCCACAGCAUUACCUGGGUCAGGAGAUGCCGCAUGUGCAGUAUAGAAAGGAGGGGGCUGUGCUUCCACAGUACAGGAAAGAAUUGCCACACUUUCCCAUGCAUUUAGCCCAGGAGAUGCCACACAAAGACAAAGGUAAAGGUAAAGCGAUUCUCAGAGGGGAGAAGGGACUUCCAGGAGACACUGGCCCCCAGGGUCCCCCUGGACCUCAGGGCCCCCCAGGACUACCUGGCCAUGGUCUACCAGGCCCACAGGGGAAGCCAGGUCCCCCUGGUCCCCAAGGAUAUCCUGGCAUAGGCAAGCCAGGCAUGCCAGGAAUGCCUGGAAAACCAGGAGGAAUGGGACUGCCUGGACCAAAGGGUGAGCUGGGUGAUGUUGGUGGAGAAGGACCAAUGGGAUUGCCAGGGCCGCAAGGUCUUCCUGGACCUCCAGGACUGCCGGGCCUGGCAAAACAAGGAGGCCAGGGGUUUCCAGGACAGCCAGGUCCCCGUGGGGAAUUUGGUCAUAAGGGUCUCAAUGGAUUACCAGGCCUACCAGGGCCUAAAGGUGACAAAGGAAUUGGUUUACCUGGAUUACCAGGACUUAAAGGUCUGGGUGGACCCCCAGGGCCAGCAGGUCAAGUAGGACUCCCUGGAGUAGGAAAACCGGGUCUGAAUGGGCUCCCAGGGGCACCUGGAGUUUCAGGGAAAACAGGUCCUCCUGGAGAGCCAGGGGUUUCAGGACCAGCAGGUGAGAGGGGACCGCCUGGCCCGACAGGACUACGUGGUAUUGCUAAACCAGGACAAGAUGGGCUGCCAGGACAACCUGGAUUUCCUGGAGGAAAAGGAGAACCAGGCCCACAAGGCUUACCAGGUGCCCCAGGCUUACCAGGAUUUGGGAAACCAGGAUAUCCUGGCCCCAAAGGGGACAAGGGACUGGGUGGCUUACCUGGUGCUCCUGGAGCAAAGGGUGAAAAAGGUCAUGGAGGCUUCCCAGGAAUGGCUGGCCCCCCGGGACCCGUUGGAGCUCAUGGCUUGCCAGGGCCAAUGGGGCCACCUGGAGGCCUUGGAUUCCCCGGUCCAAAAGGAGAAUUUGGUGCCAAUGGGCUACCAGGGCAAGCAGGACCUCAAGGUCUACCAGGACCCCCUGGGUUACCAGGUCAGCAUGGAUUACCAGGAGAGGAGGGACAGCCCGGACCACGUGGUUUUCCUGGACCACUAGGCCCGAAAGGGGAAAAUGGGCACAAAGGAUUACCGGGACCUCCUGGUGCCCCUGGAUUGCCUGGCAUCAAAGGUGAAGGGGGAUUCCCCGGCGACCAAGGUCCCCAAGGUCCAAAGGGUAUCCCAGGACUUAUGGGUCCCGGUGGCCCAUUAGGGCCGCCAGGACUUCCAGGUCCCAAGGGAGAAAUUGGAGCACCUGGCCAGCUUGGCCUCCCUGGUGAGGGAAUUCCAGGGAUCCAAGGUCCCUUAGGACCUCCAGGAAAACCUGGUCCAAGUGGGCCUCCUGGUCUACCUGGCAGACCAGGACAACCUGGGCCUCCUGGGCCCCCUGGACCUCCAGCACAGCCACCCGGCAUUGGGCAAGUCCAGCCUGAGAUGGGUCUUGAUCUGGAAGGAGCCAAAACUUUACCGCAAGGUUACAAGAAGGGCAAACAUGGAGGAGACUUUAUGGGUGUAAAUGGCCUAGAUGUGCCUGCAUUCACAGCUCAGUUAACAACACCUUUCCCUCCUGUGGGUGCUCCGGUGGUAUUUAACAAGGUUCUCUAUAAUGGAGGUCAGAACUACAAUCCACAGAGUGGCAUUUUCACCUGCAACAUUCCUGGUAUUUAUUACUUUGUUUACCACAUCCACUGCAAAGGAGCCAAUGUGUGGGUGGCUCUUUUCAGGAACAAUGAGCCUGUUAUGUACACAUACGAUGAGUACAAAAAAGGUUUCCUGGACCAGGCUUCAGGGAGCGCAGUGCUCCCACUAAAGCAAGGAGACACUGUCUACAUCCAGCUUCCAUCAGAACAGGCAGCUGGACUUUAUGCUGGCCAAUAUGUCCACUCAUCUUUCUCUGGAUAUUUAUUGUACCCAGUGUAACAGAAUUUUGAAAAGGAAAUACAAUUUUUUUAAGGUUUUUAAAUCAACAGUGACAAGUGGGCAAGUUGUGCCAACUCCUACCCUCCAAAUACACAUCGGAAUGUCAAGGUACAUACUGCAUAUUCAACUUUUAAAGGUAUGAUACAGACUAGAAGACUACAAUUUCUUGUUUGCGAAACAAAAAUAAUCUAAGUAAAACAAUUACUUGACUACAGGAACAUACUACAGACCAGCUUAAUAUUUAUUUUGAAACAUCAAUAGUUUUUCAAUGACAAAUAGCUCGAAAUAGCUUAUUUAUGUACAUGUUUGGCACUUGUUUUCUAGUUUUGUUGCAAUGAAAAUAAGAUUUCUUAUUUUCAAAUAUCAUGCCUUUUUGUUUGUUUGGAAAUGGCAGUGCCCCCCUAAAAAAAGAUGAACGUUUUCGUAUUUUUGACAAAUGAGAAAUAUUGCAUUUUCUAGUACCAAACUAUUUUCAUAACCUUAGUGUGGGUCUCCUUUGAAGCAGGCCUCCUAUUCCAUGAUCUAAAGUCUGGGACGGCUCCAGCUAAAGGGGGAAUAGGCAGUUGCCUUGGGUCUCCAACUUUCCAGUGCCAGAAACUGCCACAGUUCUAAUAGAGGAAUUGAAAUGAUCAUCAGUGUUCUUGGUAGCUGGCGCCUCCCAAGUAACGAUUUGCCAAGGCCACCUCAAAAGGUAGAGCCAACACUGUUCAAAGGUUUAUAAAAACAAUGUUUAUAUCUUCCACAUACUCUUUUACGUAGGAAUAUUACUUUAAUGGUACUUUAAAGUGCACUAGUCUUGGGCUGGUUACAUGUGUGACAUUGAGAAUGACCAGUUUAUUUUUUCACUUAUCAGUGAAAAGUACAGGCAGAUACAAAAUAUCUACAUAAUAAAUGAUGACCGGUUCAGAUGGAAAGUCUUCAUUGCAGCUUACUUGUACUGAGGAUCAUUUCUUGGACACAGAGCUGAAAAAAAUGACCCCUAUGAUUCCCAUAAUGCAAAGCUGACCAAAAUGUUUUCGUCAAUAUUGUAAUUCAUGUUUGACUACUGAUUACCUGAGUUUAUAUAUGUGCAGAAAAGCAGAAUAAAGAAUGUAAAGAGGAAGGGAGGAAUUUGAAAUCAAUGUAUACUUCUUUUGUUUCGUUUAGUUGUCCUGACAAUGGAGUUAAGUAGGCUAUAUAGCCACAUGAAAUCGAGUGUGGGCGAUGUGGUGGUUUAGUAGACAUCACUAUUGCCUCACAUCUCCUGCCUCGGCUCUGUGUGGGAUUGUGGAGUUUGCAUGUUUCCCUGUGUUGUGUGGAUUUCUUCUGAGUACUGUUUAGAAAAUGGUUGAUGUCUCUAAAUUGCCCAUUGUAUGUCUGCCCUGUGAUGGACUGCCAUCUUCUCCAGCUGAUCCCUGGCCUUGUUCUGUAUGCUUCCUGGAAUAGUCUCCAGGCCCCUCUGCCCAGGAUAAAUGGAUGAAAUGCACAGUUUUAUGGUCUUUUUUAAUAAAGAAAAAAUACUUCUUAUAACAUA